AUGUCUGAUCAACGCAUAUUUUCCAGGUAUAAGGCCUACGAAAUCCGUGCAGAGCUGCAACAGGGAAAUGUCAAAAAACACCGAGCGUCAGCAGCAAAACGAAAGAAUGCGCUCAAGAAAAUUAUAGCUAAUAUCACAAUGGGGUUUUCAUCUGAAAUGCUCGAUCUUUUUCCAGAUGUCUUAGAGUUUUGGCGGAUUGAUGACAAUAUGGAAGUGAAGCGAAUCUGUCAUCAAUACCUGGUAGCAAUGGCUUCGACAAAAUCUAACCACUUUGAGGAUGCUUUGCGACUUGUUGUUGGUGACCUCACGUCUGGAUCUGAACGGCUACAGACUUUGGCACUCCGAACUUUGGCAGCGGUCCCUUUGGAUCCAUAUGCAGAUGAAUGCCAUAAAGCUGUCCGCACAAUACUGCAAAAAAGCUCAAAUUCGGAAAAGCUGAAAAAAACGGCACUUUAUGCAAUCCUCAAGCUGCUGAACUACGACACCACCCGGGCUUCACCUCUGUUAGAGCUAUUGUACGACACACUGAGCAACCACCGAGAAGGACCGGCCGUAAGGGCAAAUGCGCUUUUCAUUCUCAACGAGAUCCAGGAAACGACCCCAAUGCUCCAGAAUUUUUCUGUUGACUUCGACACAUGCGCCGAUAUGCUCGAACUGCUGGCAAAACUCAAUGAAUGGGACUCUGCCCGAGUUCUCGAUUCACUCACUGGCUCCUACGUUCCCCACAGCCACUCAGACGCUCACCAUUUCAUUGAAAAGUCCGUUUCUCAGCUGCAACAUAAUAAUACAUCGGUAGUCUUGAAUGCAUUCAAGUUCGUCCUGUACUUGACGAAGUACGUCGAUUAUUUGACGGAACGUCUUCUCAAACAAUUAUCAGGAUCCAUGGUAUCGCUACUCAAUAAACCUGCCGAACUCCAGUUCCUGGUUCUACGAAAUAUCAUCCUGUUAUUGCUAGGCAAAGAAAAGCCCGUUUUGACGAUCGACAUAUCGUACUUUUUCGUUGAGUUCAACGACCCAAUCUACAUAAAGGAUACGAAGCUGGAAAUUCUGUAUCUUUUGGCCAAAGAAGAUAAUCUUUCACAAAUUCUUCAGGAGCUUAAAGAAUACGCCACAGAUAUUGACAUCCAGAUGUCUCGAAAGGCCAUCAGGGCUAUUGGUAACCUUACCGUUAAGCUCGAGCAAUCGGCUGACGAAUGUAUUGCACUCCUUAUAGAACUUCUGGAUUUCGAAGUUGAGUACAUUGUACAGGAGAUCGUUUCUGUUUUCAAAAAUGUGUUGAGAAGGUAUCCAGAGAGGUAUGAACUUUGUCUCGAAAAGCUGGUGCGCUUUACUGAUUGGGUUCAAGAACCGGAGUCUCGCGGUUCAAUGAUUUGGAUUAUAACUCAAAAUUACAGCCAUCUCCCGAACUAUCUGGAGCUGUUCCAGCUCUUUGCAAAUAAUUUCUUGGAUGAAGUUCUCGAGGUUCAAUUUGUCAUACUCGGUUCAGCUGUCAGACUUUUCACCAGAAAUCCUACUCCAGUGACAGAAAAGCUCUGCGUGGAUAUCUUGAAAAACGCAACUGAAAGAAUAGAUGACCCGGACCUCAGAGACAGGGCUUUUGUUUAUUGGAGGCUCUUGUCUUUUGCUCAAAAUGGCCAGAACGGUAACAUAGGUAUGGACGCUGCGAGAGAAAUUAUUGAUGGAACGCUGCCACCCAUAGCUCUAAACACUCAGCUGGAUCCUCAGAUUGUCGAAGAACUGGAGCUCAACAUAGGUACUAUUGCAUCCAUCUAUUUGAAACCUGUGAAUCAAGUCUUCAGGCUUAACAAGCCCAAGAGUCUGCCAGAUAGUCCUGCCCUCAACGAAAAUCGAGAGCCUCUUACAAUUAUCGCUGGAGACUCGAGAAGCCGAUCAUCGAGCUUCAUUGCUGACAGUAUCCAACCAGAGUUCCGUCGGCAGUCCUCAUCACCCGUCAAAAAAAUGGACGAUUACGACAAGCCUGCAGAGACGAUCAACCCACUAAAAGACAGGAGGAAAAGCAGCAGCCCGAGUCUUCAUCUUUCAAGGAAGCCUUCGAUGCUGGCUCGUAAGCUUUCUUUGAGAAGGCCAUUCGCUUAA